AACAAUUAGGGCUGGCUGCCGCCGCCUCCCUGUAUCAACAAAGAAGGUGUCCUAAAGUAAAGGCUGUUGAGAAAAAUCCAACCAUGUUGCGUCUUCCUUGCCGGACGAGGUGGGCGCGACAAAGUGGUGGCCCGUACGGGGACGAGGACAUCCUCGUGGAUCUCAGAACUCUUCAGCUUCAGGAUGAGCGACGUCGGAAAAGUUCCCGGUAAGGGACGAUAAAGUUCUCUGGAGGUGAGCAGAGACGAUGGAAGCCUUGGUUUAGAGGCUAAAAGGUCUGCAGUCUGCAGCAAUGUUGUUUCCAAUGGAUCCUUUGUGGAAUCAAGAAAAUCCAAUUUGGGUACCUGAGCGCUUGACUCGAAAAUUGCCUUCUGCUCUUCCUGAAGAUGAGACUACGAACCCUACUAUUGCUACUGGGAAUGAUAAUACAGGUUAAUUCGAUCACCCUGUGGGCUAUUGCCAGAUCCUGGCCAGUACCCAUGCCAGUCCAUAGCAAUUCUACUGUUUUACCAACCUUUUUCUCUACCUCCUGUUUGCGUGAUGUUCCUUGUAUAGUGCCAACUGGAGAAAUGCCCCAACGGUAUGCCGCCACUAACGUUUUUCUGUUGCAUACCUUAUGUUUUACCAUUAAAGACUCUUCCCUGCCCUGUAUUUGGUUACGUAGAGCCACAUUAGCUAAUUGGUUGAAUCCUAUAAGUGACAGCACAAUGAACACCGGGAUCAUCCUGGCUGCUCUGAGUCAAAUUGCCCAGGGAGUCUCUUCACCCAGCGAGGACAUGUCAGUCAAUAGUUCUGCUAAUCUGAACAUUACAACACUAAUUGUGAUGCAUAAUUGGAGUGUUCCAUCACGCCCAGGGCAAGGUAACUAUGCACAGAAUAGCUCUACCCGUCGUAGAGUCUUACCCGCUUGCCCCCCGCAUCAAGAGUUUCCACCUAAUUUUACCCCAUGUCAGAGUCCAUUCCAUAGAACAAAACAAUUCCUACCGGGAUUUGAAUUUUCCCCUCCUCUUGGCCAUGUACAGUAUGACUGGGGGGAGAAUAAGACUGGCAAGCAUAAUCUCUGGCCUUGGUUUCAAUGGGUGCUGUCCAAUGAGCAAGGGGCAUAUACAUCCCUGACCCCCUUUGCUAGGUUGAUGGGUGAGAACUUCACGCUGUAUAAUGUUUCGGCUACCAGAAAAAAUGAUACCAGGUUGACCAAUAUUCAAUAUAAUAACCUCUUGGAACAUAAUACUACCACUAGUACUUCAGUAUGUGUUAGAUCACCUUUUUUCUUUCUGAUAAGCACUAAUGUCAGCAAUGGUGUUUUAAAUUGUAAUAGCUCUGAUGUAGUCUGCUAUUUAGCUGAAUGCUGAGAUGGCAACAAUGAAACCUCAGUGAUGGUCAA